AUGGCUGUGAUCGGAAACAAUGUUGCGAUUUUGCAUAAUGUUACGUUAGGCGGAACAGGGAAAGCUUGUGGCGAUCGACAUCCGAAAAUCGGGGACGGUGUUUUGAUUGGUGCAGGGACAUGUAUUUUAGGGAAUGUUAGUAUUGGUGAUGGUGCUAAGAUUGGUGCUGGUUCUGUUGUUUUGAAAGAUGUUCCUCCAAGAACUAUUGCUGUUGGAAAUCUUGCUAAGUUGAUUGGUGGAAAAGAUAACCCUAUCAUGUUGGAUAAGAUUCCUAGCUUUACUAUGGGUCAUACUUCAUAUAUUUCUGAUUGGUCUGAUUAUGUUAUCUAG